AUGAAGACAGAAAUGUACUCUCGUCUCUCUUCACUCCCCUUUCUCUCUCUUUCUUCUCUUGACCAACGACAGGCGAAUACUGCUCAGAUUGGCAACAAGAGACUGUGCCUACCUAGGAGACCAAUCUCAACGAGACGGGAAGUUUUCGAAUUCCGCUGUCCAUUAAAUCGAUUUCUUCUUGGUACCGUCACCGGUUUCAUCCGACUCAUAUCAAGUAUAUCAAUCAAGGCAAAACCAAUCAUGUCCAGUCAAGUCAACAAUAGCAAUCAGCUCGUUGGUGAUUCUUCUGAUGUUCCAGAUGAUACCAGCUCAGAUGCUACAACCUCUUCCAACAACUCUCCUGAUGUCCAGCCAUCCACUCCAUCGGACACUACUGCAUCUGAGGCAGUGUUUCCAAAACGAAGAUACCCAAAGCGUACAAAUGGGAAUGCGGAUAGUUUGAUGGAAGCCAAAAAAGCGAAAAAGACAGCUCCAGCCAAACAGGCUUACAAAAAACGGGAAUGCCUGGAACUCACACCAUGGAAGAUUCAAUUAUUCAGUUCUGAGUGGCUGGCUGGAGUUUGUCUUCGAUCCGUUCAUGAUCAAUCGCAGAACAGACAAAUGAGUGAGGAGGCAAAGGAAGUCAUUGAGGGAAUCUUGAGAAAAGUAGAGGACAAGAAUUGCUACUCAUACGUCUUGCCGAUCGAAACUUCUCUUCCAGAAUCAGAUAGUUUUCGUGGAAUGGGUCCUGUCAUGAAGAAGUACCUGCUGGCUGAACCUCUGAAAGCUCCUUCAAAAAAGCCGAACGUCGCACCGUCCAUGAGAAUGAACUACACAGGUCAUCCGUACCUUAAUCCGGAAACUGCUACAAGUGCACAAAUCGUCAGACUAGUGCUUUCGGGAAUUCCAGUCUAUGAGGAGUUCAUCCACAAAAAUAACAAGUUCCUUCCUGAAGGCGACACGGAUUUGGUUCAAAAGGAAAUCGAUUUCUUUGUCAAUCAUGCCGGUCAUCCACAGGAGCUUUCGGACAAUGGAUACUUGCCAGUAGCUAUUUACAAAGUGAAGGACAAUUCCGCUGAGGAAAUGGAGAAGGCGAAAACUUUGGCAUGCACUACCUCGAUGUGCAUGUUCCAAAACCUCACAAAUGUUAUCGGAUUCGAUGACGCCGAAUUUACUGUGGACAAAAUGAAUGAGAUCGCGCCAGAAUAUGAGAUUGAGGUGCUGAGGAUGAUCCCUCAACCACCAACUCAUAACUUCAUCACACAGAGCAAGGUCGGAUCUCGAAAGUCGAAUCAAUGGGAUGUUCAAAACUUCAGACACCUGAUUCGAAUCAAAGAAUAUGCAGAAUACCAUAAUAAAAUGAUUUCGGAUUCUAAAUCUGCUUACGAAUUAAUUCUCGAGCAUCCAGAAGAAACUGAAAGUAUCCUUCAGAAUCUACAAGAUAAACUCAAAGCAAGUUCUCUUCCUCAUGUUGGAUUCGAAGUUCACAAGCACGCUACAGUGAUCGCAUUCGGCACCAAUAUUGAUCUGGAUGAUGAAGAGAAGUUCCCAAAACAGGCCGAGAACGUCGCCAAGUUCCCCGAUUUCCUGGCUCCUCAUACCAGCACCAACAUUUUGAAUUAUGCACAGGAGUCCAUUAAAGGCUUGAACAAGCCACAGCUCUACCUGAAGACCCCAGGAUCCAGAACGGAUCCACACUCGGAAAACAGCGGACUUGGCUCAGUUAAUCACAACUUGGGACCAGAUCCAUGUCUUUGGUAUGGAGUUCCAUUCGAAUAUGCAGGAGCGUUCCAAAGCUUGAUGACGAAGAGGUUGAAAUUGAACCAUGUCAACAAAUUGGAUGUGUACGCUCAUUCGUAUUGGGGUAUCGAGUCGGAUUGUAUCCUAGAAGGCAUUCCUCUCCAGAAAUGUAUCCAAAAAGCUGGAGAUACAGUGUUCGUGGGAAUUGGAACUUUCCACUGGGUACAAUCUAUUGGAUUUGCUACCAAUCUUUCCUGGAACAUUGGCCACGAGAAUGCCAAACAAUUAUCCGCUGCAUUGAUUAUGCAUGAUAAUUAUGCGGCUGCGAAGCAAUGGACCUUGAUGGGAAUCGAAACAAUUUUAUGGAAUAUGGUUUUCCAAAAGAUUGAAGUGGAGCACGAGAUGAAGAAGUACAUGAGAAGUGCUUUAAUGCGAAGUCUGGCGAAAGCUGAAAGAGAGCUACAACUCGUUGAGAAGAAAAAUAUGAAUGUUGAAGGUCCACCAGCACCAGAGGGCGUCCAAGUUGUUGAAAGAUGCAUGUUGUGUCUCGAUUGCUUGUUCAAUUUCAUUCCAUGGACCACAAGACGCGAGAUGAAAACCACCUCAACUAUCAAAAUUAAGAGGAAAUAUAAGAAGAAGUAUGAAGAGAGUGAUGAAGACAGCGAUGAAGAAUACGAGGACGAAGAACUGAUGGAGCAGGAAGAAGGAGAAAAGAGCAAGGAAGAGAAUGAAGAACAAAUGAAGGAAGAGAAGGACAGUCUCGAAGAAGAUGAUGAAAAUGCAGAGAGACCAAUCUGCUUCCAAUGCAUUAUUGAUAAUAAGCUGUUCGGCGAAAUCACCUCUGUCUCCCAGCGCUAUGAGAUGUCGGAACUUGAAGCUGCAUUUGAUGGAUUCAAAAUGUGA